AUGCAAAUAGAUCUGUAUGUGUUGUUCCAGGUUGUGAGCGACUCUGGCGUGCCUGCCAGGAAGGCUCGAGGCGCUCUUAAACCUGGUUUUUUGAAAAAUACUAAGGGGGCAAUCUACGGUGAACGUGGAAGCACUGAAGGGGUUCUACCGGAGAAUGCUGGCGACCCUAUGGGAUGGCUACCGAAGAAGUUGAGACAAUCCUGCAAGAUUGUUGAUACGGCCUCAACUCAACAGAACACUCCGGCGGCGGUGCCUCAAGAGCACCAGAAAAUGCAAAAAGAGCUCGCGGAGAUUUUCGAUAGACAGUCGUACAACUCAAUGUGGGCGGAAGAUGUACCACAGAAGAACGUUGAACAGAAGGUGAGGGGGUUGCUCUUCGUUUUCUUUUUCCAGGAGGAGCCACAAGUGAGCAUGGAGACUAAGAACGGCCAGCUGGUGUGCACAAUUGCACCCAGCACUACGCAUCCUGAUCCCUCGAGCCUCGAUAUUGAGCUGUGCUCUCAAAUGAUUCGUGUUGAUGGGCGAGAACUGCCGAUACCAGCCACUGUGGAUGAAACCAAGGCCAAGGCUAGGUACAGCAAGAAGCGAAACAUGAUUACUGUCACUGCGCCAGUUGUGUGA